AUGGGGGUCGAUGCGGAUGAUCAUUCAAAACAAAGACAACGCCGCUCACAUGCUAACAUAGCAAGAGCAACAACAGCAACAACAACAACAAUACCAACAACAACUGCAACAACAAUACUAGCAACAACAACAACAACAACAACAACGACAACAACAUCGCCGAUAAUUAGAAUACAAGGAUUGCCAAAAAGCAGUUGUUGUGAUGAGAAGCGGGGAAUUCUGCGAAGUCUUUCAUUUCAGUUUAGUACAUCGUUAACUCGUGGCAGACGUAAGUUAGCUGACGUAUUCGACAGUUCAGAUGAUGCUGAACAACAAGGCGCAUUUAAUCAUCAAGGUUAUAAGCCAAAUCGUCUUGAAUUAGCCAUGUAUUCAUCAACAUUUGGUGUUCAACAUUAUGGCAUUAUGUUAAAACAAAAUAAACGAAAAAAUCGUACAGCAAAAUGGAAUAAACGGUUUUUCAUACUCAAAGAAUGUUUUCUGGUUUAUUAUAAAGCAUCGGAAAAAAAAAUAUUUGAGAAAACAAGACGAAUGAGUCUACAUCCAAAAGGAAUAGUUCCAUUGGUUGGUUGUUCUGUGGUUGCUGGUCAAGAUCAUGGACAUAAGAAUUGUUUACUGAUAACGCAUACACAAUUUAAAUCAGCAAUUAUUGUUUGUGCACCAGAUUCAAAAACACAAGAAAGUUGGCUAACUGCUUUACGUGAUGCUACAAAAAUUUCAUAUAAGAAUACUACUUCCUGGGAAAAAUUAGUGAAUGAAUUAGAAAGUCGUGGCGUACUGUUAAGUGAAGAAAAAAAAAUGUAUGAAGAAAAAUUGUUAGCCGAGUCGCAAGCACGUCAAGAAGAACAUAGCCGAUAUUUGUGUCUUGAAAGAGCAAAAGAUGAAUUGGAAAAGGAACGAGAAAGAUUAAUUCGAAUGACAAAAAAAUUAAAAGAUGAUUUGCAAAGCGUAAAAAAUGAAUUGAAAAUUACAAAUGAAACGAAACGAACAUUGGAGCAGGAAAAAAUUUCAUUAAAUGCUAAAACUGAACAUCUUGUCAGUAAUAUGCAGUCGCUCAAUUUGGAAAAAUCAAAAAUUGAAGAGCAAGUAUCAACGAUAAUCAGAGAACGUGAAAAAUUUUUACUUGAAAAUCAGAAUUUAUCAACUGUAACAUGUCAAUUAAAAAAUCGAUUAAUGGAAAUUGAAACGAAAACAAAUUGUAUUUUAGUGGAAAAGGAACGUGUUGAAGCAAUGCUUCGCUUAAAUGAAAAAAAAACGAUUGAUUUGGAGAAGGAAAGAGAAUAUUAUAAUAGUCAAACAAUGGAACUUUUAAAUUCAUUGAAAGAAGUAAGCGAACAACGUGAUAUAACAGAAGCUGAAUUAAAAGAUGAAGUAUUGGCACGAAUAGGUGCCGAAAAGCAACUUCAAGCUGCCGAAAAAGCCUUAGAGCAUUUAGAAACAGCAUUAAAGCUAACUGGAGCACAAAUGAGCGAAUUACAAGAGCAUAUUAUGCCAGAUGUUCAUAAAUUACGAGAAUUUUUCGAACAGUGUGCUGAAAUCUCUAAAAUGGAUGCAAAUCGACCAAUUAUUAUGCGAAAUGCUAUACACGCACGUCGUUCGUUGAGACGUAGCAAAACACGUGUACGUGGUUCAUUCCGACGUAAAUUAGCACCACUUAAUACAUUGCAAUCACUAACAACAACUGAAUGUAGUGUUGCUGAAGUGACAAAUUCGGAAGAACCAAUAGCAAAAAUUGAACCAAAUAGUUUAAUGCAUUUAUAA